AUCGUUUAAUUCUUGGAGAAUUAGAUAAUAAUAAAAGUAUGGAAGAAUUUGUUGUAACAGCUGCUAUAAAUCUUCGAAGAAAAUCGCUUAGUCUUCUAGAAUAUAGGAAGUUACAAAAUGCUUUAAUUCAGAAUGAAAAUCAUGUCAAUGCAUUUCUCAAAGUAAAUAAUGUAAUACAAGGAUUAAGUAGAGAUCUUGCUAGCAAAUCUAUACAAAUAAAAUUGGCUGCUGCCAAUUGUUGUUGUAAUUUAGCUUUAGGCAAUUCAAAAACGUGUAUAACACUUUGUAAAUUUAUUGCUCCUUAUCUUAUUGCUGAUUUUGAAAGCAGAAAUCAACCUCUAGUUGAAGUAUGUGUUUGGACUAUCGGAAAUUUAGUUACUGAAAAUAAUAAUGUAUUUUGUAUUUUACAUGCACAAGAUUGUAUGAAAUCAUUAAUUAAUCUUGUUCGGCAAAGUUCUGAUACACUUUUACCUGCUGUCAGUUAUGCAUGUUUAAGAUAUAUUUAUUCAGAGUAUCAGAUAUUAUUAAAAUUGGAGCAAUAAUAUUAGUACGACAUCCUACAGUACUUGAUAUUGAUACAAUAUGGUUAUUAGCAAUAUUAUCAUCUGAACCUGAAUGUAAUAUGGAGUUUAUGAAAUAUAUUUUUACAAUGUGCACUUAUUUUUUUCAAGCUAUACUUACAGAUGAUAAAAAUAUCAAAAAGCCAUUCUUAGAAUUAUAUGUAACAUUAUCUCAGAAUCAUCGGGAAAAGUAGCCUUUUAUUUAUUCAGUAAUGAAUUUGAAAGAAAUUGUAUUUUUCUGAAAAAGUUAUUAUUUCAUCAAUAUAUUCAUAUUAGACAAGAUACAUUAUGGAUGUUAGGCAAUCUUUACAAUCAUUAUUUGGACUCUGUUCAAAAUUUGGUUAAAUCUAUGAUUUCUUCUUUACCAUCUUUGGAACUUGCAAUGAAUUCAAUUAAUUAAUUCAAAUACAAUAUAUUAUCAGUACAAGUAUGUUUA